GUGAAGGUUAUUCAGCACAUUGACGUUUUCUAAGAUGCACUCGUUGCUCAAGCUAAGCUUGAAUGAGCCAUCUGACAGAUACCGUAUCGUGGUACGUUGGUGGGAAACUUGAUACACACAAUGAGCCUACGUUUCAAUCCGGUUACACUACUUACAAGACGUCGGUCUAAAUCGAAAUCCAAGGGGCGAAGUAAGUCGGUUGGUGGACGAACUCCAGUUGGCACAUCGUGCGAAUUACCGCCUGACAAAGAGUCCUGGGAGUGCAAAGAUGACCCAAACUUUCCACGCCAUUCCAUGUCUCCGAAGCCACGUCUUCGGUUGCUCAGCAGUCUACGACGAACGAGAAGUGCUCGCCAUCCUGCGGAAGAUGAAUGGAAAGAAAUAUCAAGUAAAGAUUCACCCCCUCUCACGUCUGAUCAGUUGAGCAAAGAUCGCACCACUAUCCCCAAUUCACCGCAUAGCCAAAAAGAAAACGACUCAGAAUCUCCGGCUCCGCUUGCUCAGAACGACUGCUUUGAAUUGACUGAUAUAUCGGACACCGAAACAGAGGAAUCACCUGCUCAGUACAACAUAACCCCUCAGACAACUGGAAUUGAACAACCCAGAAGAAAAAGUGAGGAAGCAUCUGAUGCAGACCAUUCUACACCACAGAAAGUGUUUGGGGAUGAAGACACUGAUGAGGAAAUUACAGAGAAAGGGCUUCAGGUUGACGAUAGUGAAAGCGAGCUGGAGAGUGAAGAACUAACUUCAGGCAGUCACCCAUCCCUAUUUGGCACGGGGGAUGAUAACGAGUCACAGGUUCCGAAGUUGGAAGUGCAGUACGACACGGAAUAUCCUGUUUGUGAGCUAAGUGGUAGCAUUGUUUCUCUGUCAAACGGUCUGGCUCAACGGAACGGGGUAGAUACUGACCCAACUGAAAGCGAGAGCACUGUGGGAAAAGCGGAUUUUGUAAGCACACCAGUUAUCUCAUCGGAGGAACAGUCCGGGCCAGAAGGGAUGGAAGACUUCAAAGAACUGUCACCGGAGCAGAAGGCAAGUGAAGUAGUAAUAAAAGAUGGCUAUCAACAACCCACUGAGCAACGAGAUAUUGUUGUAACUGCAAUUGAAUCUGAAGUAGAACCAACUUUCCAGCAAAUCGCUGAUUUUGAUAAUUCUGAUACUCCUAUCAACCAGGAACCCGUCGAUCACCUGGAACCAUCGUUUGAGGUUACAUACGAUCCUCUACAAGAUCCUUUUUUCGCCGCCGAAGUGGCGGCACAUGAAGGUGAACAUCAAAUGACAGUUCUUGUUGCUCCAUCCAUUAUCGUUACUUCAGCAUCUACUGGGAGUCUGAAGCAGUACGUCGAGGCGGAACCCAUUGAACCUCCAAGCAGGCCUCCACCUCCGGCUGCGACGGUCCCCAAACGCCCACCGCUCCCAAGCGUGCCCCCACCUCGACCCGGCACGGGUCCUGUGGUCAGCACCGAACCGUCAAAGUCUGAGCAGCACAGAAAGAAGAAAAGGAAACUGCUCGGUAUAGUCGACUUGGGACCUCUGCCAUCUGAUCCGGAUCCUAAUUUUCCAUUUCGAAAACACUUGGAAAAAAGUGUUGUUCCCAAUCCAAAGAAAGCAAUCCAACGGAUUAUUCGCGGGGAAACGAAGGCGGAACGACAAAAGCGAAAAGAACGGGAAGAAUUAGAUCGACUUUUGAAGGGGGCGGAGGCUGUACCACAGAAAUCUUCCUCCGAGGACUGGGAAACAUUCCACAACCUCACCGCCGAGAUAGAACAUGCUGUUCUAGAGAAAUCCUCUAAGUCAAACGAGAUUAUUCCGGCCUACGAGACUACUGAUCUUAAAGAGAAAGAAGAGUCGGCUGAGGGAUGGGCCAAUUUUGAAGCCGCCUUUAGUACCGAAGUUACUCCUACUCCCAUUCUAACAGAGAAUCCGUGGGAAGGAAAAGAGGAAUCCAAAGCUUUUGAGCCCUUUUUUUAUUUCAAUGCUGAGGGUUCUGAACAGAUUGUAACAGGUCGUGAACUAACACCAGAACAACCGGAUUCCACUUAUCUCAACCUUCUAUACGAACCACACUAUCAGAAUGACUGGCCGGCUGAUAUAUUACUUUCCAGUGAUAAAGACGUAGCAUCUGGACCAACAGAAUCGAUUUCAUCGGCGGAAGUCACUAAAGACUUAAGUACACUUCUGGAUUUGUCUAGUACGGUAGUGGGUACUCAACAACCGCCAGUUGCUUUGGAGGUUAGUCAAGAGUAUACACAGCCAAGGACUGAAGUCCUGACGCCUCCUACUAUGAGACCCAUGACGGAGGUUACACCGACUGGUAUUGAGGAGCACAAUAUGAACACCGAAUCCCAGUUAUCGCGAACACAGGUAGAUACUUUUGUGUUACCGGCUAAUGCAGAACAUUUGGGACCCAAGGCAACACAGCUGAGCGAAACAGAUUCCACUGUUGCACUGGACAAUGGUGCAGAAGAACCAGCGCAAUUUGAAAAUGUCCAUAGGUUUCCAGACAAGGACGGGCUGGACCCAAGUGAUGCUGAUGAGGAAACAAGUGAUGACCUGCUUUGGGGGGGUUUCGGCGAGGUUCAUGCAGAUGACGUAGGCGCGGAUAUCAGUCCGUUCGGAGGCGACGACUUUAGUCUACAACAUCCUAGUUCCCAGGAUGCAGGAGAUUUCAUAAAGACCGCAGCAACCAGUGACAUAGUACGACCCAGGAAGAAAGCCGUCAGGCAGGAAACACUCUCGGGUAACAAUCCCUUUCGUAAAAGAGAAGAAGAGGAUGAACCUGAGAUUAGCGAACUUGUCAGAGCUGCAGCUGGAAUUGAACUGACUGGAACACGUGUCGGUGUGCGUAAGCAGUACGGUGCCUAUGAGAGUUCAAACGAUUCUGGAGAAGAUAAUAAAAUUGAGUGUGUUGGAGACAUCCAACCUACUGAACAGGUGGAUGAGAAGUGGAAACUUGAAGAGGUGGAGGGUCCAAGCUUUGAUCCUCUGCAAACCAUUUAUCCGGAAAGUGAAAAUGAAUCCGCUAGUUCAGAAGAACAACAAUCAGAUCACAUCCCCGCACUGUCUGUUGUGAUAGGUGAAAAACCGAUACAGUUAUUACCAGAACCCUCUUCUAAAGAACUCAAUUCCGUAAUCAAGGCCCUUUCAAGUCCAAAUGAUCCAGACAAACCCACCGAAGUCUUGUUGUUAGAAAAAGAAGUUCUCUUUGGAGAGUCUGAUACCAAUAAACAAUCCGGUGACGCACUGGUAAAUCAGACUAUUCCUACUGGUUGGAUACGUUUUAGUGGUGAUUCCCAAGAACCUGAGGAAGAGACAGGAAAACCAGUGCUUGCAACGGAUGCAGCAUUUGAGGUUGAUUGGUCGACUACAGCAACUAAGCCUGAGCCAGAGAGGCCAGUUGCUCCCCGACCGGACACUCCCGAUCCCGAAUUGGAUGAACCCUUUUAUCCGCUUGUAGAGGAAGGGACGUGGUUUAAGCUCUGGUUACGGUUUCCAGAGAAGAAGACCCGCGUAAAGCAAAUAAGCAAGUACACAACGGAUCGAUAUUGGCGUGAGGUCGGUCUACAGUUUGUGGAGGAACACGGGCGAAAGGUAAUAAAUCUACAUGAGUUAUGUGAUAAAACUAAUGAGAUUGUUGCUGAGCCAUACAGAUCUGUUCGUAUUGAACCCUACAUGCAAAUAUCUAGGGAAAAGCUGCAGCAGUAUGAUAAAUAUGGGAAACUUCAUGUGUUUAAGUUGAACCACGUCUCUUAUCGUGAGUUUGUCGGGAUCAGACCUGAGAAAUUUUCCAUUAAGAACCUACAGAAACUUGUUACUCACAAACCAAAACAAAAUAUCGCUAUUGAUCACUUGCCAGUGUACACGGAAAUACUCAAAUUUGGUUCACUUGAUCAACAAAAGAUACGGACAAUAAUGCCGGUGUUCGAGGAUGCGCUGAUGAAAAUUGCCGCUCAUAAAGACUCCACUUUGAGUUACCAGCGCGAAGAGGUGUGUUGUUACGUUGUAGAUGAAUAUAUUGGGAAAGUUUCCGCACAGGGAACAAUACAAGAACAAAAGGCUCGUUGUCGUAUUUUGUGCACAGCAUUCGUAAAUGGUGGUCCACAUAUUGUCUUGGGCCUGAAUGACAAGUGGCGUUACGGUCGCGAGGUGGUGAGGCGAUCUGAUAUUCUACCCGUCAUGCACGAUGAAUGGAUUAGCAUUCGAAAUCCGGAAUUUCACUCAUGUGUGGAGAUGGACGCAUACGAGGAGGAUCACAUGUUGAAAUUCUAUCCCUUAGAUGGAUGUCGAUUUGAAUUGUUGCGGUUUCGCGUUAGCUUACGCCGUAAUCGUGAACUCCCUUUGCUUGUCAGCACUAAGUAUUCCAUCGAUGGUCGCCGAGUGUUGAUGCGUUGCGAAUUGCUUGUUCCAGGAUUUUUCAGCGCGAGCAAUCGUCGAGGUGCCGUGCCUUGUGAGAACGUGGAGAUCCGCAUUCCAGUUCCGGAAGAUUGGAUUUACCACUUCCGAGUGGAGAAACAGCACAAAUAUGGCUCAGUCCAUUCCACGUUACGCAAACCGGGUCGUAUUAAAGGAUUGGAACGACUCACGCAGAUGGCACAAAGCCUCUUGCCACCUAACAUUCUGGAAGCAAGCACGGGAUUGGCUAAAUAUGAGCACCUCUACAGAGCAAUCGUGUGGCGUAUACAACGGAUACCAGAAAAAACAGAAGCUUCAUUACGGCCACAUUUGCUAGCCUGUAAACUGAUGUUGGCACCUCACGACACGGUACCUGAGUGGGACGCAUUGGUACGAGAAUGCCAGGUGGAAUACACAAUGCCUUCCAGCACCGUCUCCGGAGCAACAGUCAGAUCUAUCAGUGUGGAACAUACCGGAGUGGCAGAAAAGUUCGUUAAAUAUACCUCGAAAUAUAAAUAUACCGUAGGCAUCAACUACCAACUGAGUGAUACAAAAGUGCCGGCGCUAAAAGGUAUUGUAGAUCAGCCCGAAGAUCCGGUGACCCCAGAAAAUAAGGAGUUGGAGGAACAUGCAGGAAGUGAAGAGUAUCAGGCGGGCGAACAACUGACCAGCGCGGAUGACGGGGAGGUGGCCGAUCUGUUGGGGUUGGGGGAUACAUUCGACACUAUUGUUUCAAAGACCUCGGGGAAACUGGCUGUUAGCGACAGUCUCUCUGGACUAUUUUAGACCAGAUGACGACGUACAUCCACCUAUAUCACGGCACAUUGUUCUUGCACUUCAAAUGAAAGACCGGCAUUGAAAUGUCUCUCGAUUCUAGUGACUUCUGCAUUCCCGCAUCAGAUACUCUUUUGCAACUAGUUAUCCAUCGACGUUCUACUUCUAUGUUUAUCACAAAGGUGCACCUACGAUCUCCCAGUGCGAUAAUUCAUGGUGUGCCUUCCAGUGUUCCACUUCGGUAAUUGUUUCAAAGUUUGUCUUGUCAGCUGACAGAAAUGCGAUCUUCAGGUGCGCAGGUUUGUUCGAAAGUGUGCAAUUUACUUUUAACAGCAUCAGAUAUGUACUCUCAAAUGGUAUGUGUACGUUAUCAAGCGGACCUCCACAACUGACUAACGAAUUGGUGCCCAGACGAUACGUCUGAUUUAUGGUCCUGAUAUUUUCACUCCAAUCAUGUAUACACAGAAGUACUGUUUGAUUUUAUCGGGUCCCAGGCGAAGCCUGUUCUGUGAUAGCGUGUACCAUUCACUUCUUUGUAUUCAAUGGUGAUGCUUCUCCCUGUGAACUAAUUUAGCGCACUUGGUGAUGCAGCCGCACUCCGCGCCAUUCUUACCAAAACAUAACGGACAUUUUGUAUGCAUUUCCCCAUAACACUGACCAGCUACGGAUCAGCCGAGCAGAUGCUCGACGUGGUAACUUCAUCGUCCCCUUGUUCACGCUGUUGGAUGUAGCAGCUCACCGGGCUGACGUGUGCCCGACGUUUCCGCCCUUCAUGUCAGAUGCAGCUGAUUCUAUUGUGGCCUUAUUUAAGUGUGUGUGUGUGUGUGUGUGUGUGUGUGUGUGUGUGUGUGUGUGCAUACUACUAUCGGGAUUUUUUGCCACCAUCCAAACUGUUUAGGUUUACGUGCGCAUGCAAUGAUUCUAAUAACAUUUAUGCUUUACAACCCCAU